GUCAUACCAUUCUGUUGGGAAUAACUAUUGGUAGUAAAGAGGUUUCGAUAUGGAUUUGAGAAGGGAUACCGUGGACAACAAUCCUGUGUUUCACAUGUCCCUCAGUCGACAUCAAGGAUGGAUCAAAGUGUCAGACGUGCGGGGCCCCCCAGCCUACUGGAUGCCGUGUGGUCACCCCUAUGACGAGAGGACCGUGUGGAACCCCAAGUUCUGUGUGGUCACUGACUGUCAGAUGCUGCUCCUGGACAAAGAGGAGAAGUUUUUGUUUCAGGAGCGGAGGUCAGAUUCAUGUAAGGUCCGACAGCUGAGACGCACCAUCAGCGUUCCCGUAGAAACCAACUUCCACAGCCCAGAGUUCCACAGCCAGCUGUCCAUCGAGAGCAGGACACUCAAACUCCUCUCAGGGAAACUCAAACCCCUCUCAGGGACACUCAAACCCCUCUCAGGGACACUCAAACCCCUCUCAGGGACACUCAAACCCCUCUCAGGGACACUCAAACCCCUCUCAGGGACACCCAAACCCCUCUCAGGGACACUCAAACCCCUCUCAGGGACACUCAAACCCCUCUCAGGGACACUCAAACCCCUCUCAGGGACACUCAAACCCCUCUCAGAGACACUCAAACCCCUCUCAGGGACACCCAAAUACCUCUCAGGGACAAUCAAAACCAUCUGA